AUGACCAUUCACAUGGCCAUCAUUCCCCGGCCCUUGUCCAUGCCUGAAUCUGCUUCCAUGCCUGCCUGCCUGCCUGCCUGCCUGCCUGUCCGUCUGUCUGUCUGGCGCCGGUUCGAUGGAUACGAGCUUGACAUGCGCAUCUACUGCAUGUCUAUGCCCAACCAUCUAUUCCAUGUGCAUGCGCGGCGCCAACCGCUUAGCCCGGCCAUGUCCGCCUCCGCCCCCGAGGCUUGCCUGCAAUUGGCUCGACUCGCCGCCCUCUGCCUGCACCAUCGCGGCAAGCUACAUGCACCCACACAUACUUGCAUACACACAUACACACUACCCACCCCGUACUGCCACACCACCAAACCCCCCAUCGCCAUGUGCAUACAGUACCAGUACAUGUGCACUUACAUAUCCCGCUGCCGACUUGGUUCCCGUCCCUAG